AUGGCGACAGCAAAUGGUUCACUCUGCAACAUCUCCGGGUCCGUGUCCGAGAAUGGGAGCUGUAUCGGCUGCAUGGAGUCGGAUAUUGAACAGGGAACGGUUAAAGCGAUUCAGGCGUGGAUCGCUUACCUGCUGAUUCCUAUCAACCUGAUCAGCAUAUUUGCUAAUCUUUUCGUUAUCGUGGCUGUGACACGGACAUCACACCUGCAGGAGCCGGCACCCAAGCUGAUCGCAAACUUGGCUGUCGCUGAUUUUAUUAUAUGCGUCCGAAUAGUCUUCAUCGCACCAAUGACCUUUUUAAUCGAAUUCCCGCCAAAGAUCAUAUGCUUUGGAUAUUGCGCUGUCGUUACGCUCUUGGCACUCGCAUCAACAAACUCUCUCAUUGCAAUCAACGUAGACAAGUACAUUGCAAUAUUGCGACCGCUACACUACUACCAGAUCGUCACACCGCGCGUUAUUUUGUUAAUGGUAGUCUUGGCUUGGAGCUUUGCCGUCUUCUUAAGCGUGUCAAGUCUCAUUGGCAACCGCUGGCAGCCGGAUCAACUAUGCAUCUAUGACAUCGUUUCGAGUAAAAGAGCUGUCAUCUCUGGCUCGGUUUUUACUGUUAUGUGUGUCAUCGCCAUCGCCUUUAUCUACGCAUACAUGAUGAUGAUUGCCAAGCACCACCAGCGGCAGAUCCACCAGAAACCGAGCAACAGCGGUUCACAGGAGGCAGGAGCGACCGGAAAAUCCUUCUCUGCCGAGCUCGCCAAGCAUCUGAAGCUUGCCAAGACGUUUGGCAUCGUCGUCGGCGCCUUCGGCGUCUGCUGGACUCCGCACUUUAUCCUGAUGCUGCUGAGCGUCCCCGACGUCUACCACGACACGCUCGGCGUGGCGACAGGCUUUGGCUAUAUGAUGGCAGACACCAACUCUUUCAUGAACUUUUUCAUAUAUGCUUCAAAGAACAGUCAGUUCCGCGCCGCCUUCCGGGCUGUGUUGCCCUCGCGUGGACACUCGAGACGUGUCUACUGUCCAACCUUACUGGAAUUAUCGCGACUGUUUCAUCCGUUCGAUUAA